AUGAAAGUAACAAAAUAUGUGUUAGUAAAAAUGCUGAUAAAAAAUAAUACUGAUCAUAUUAAAACAUAUUUUUUUUAUUUAUUGUAUGAACAUUCAGAAAAAAACAAUUAUUAUUUAUUAGUUAAUAAAUUUUUAGAUGGCAUACAUUUAGUGAAACAUGUUUUAAUUCUUAAGAUAUUUGUUGACUUUCUUUUAAAAGUUGAAAAAUAUUUAAAUUUUUUAUAUUGUAUAAAGAAUAUAUUAAUUUUUUGUAAUUUUUAUGAUUGCAAUUUUUCAACUUAUAAUGGCAUAAUUAAUAAAUUUUAUGUUAUAAAAUAUGUUUUAUAUUUUAAAAAUAUAAAGAAAAUAAAGAAUAUUAAUGUUGAAUUAAAAUACAAUAACAUAAAUGUGAAAAAAAGAAAAAAAAAGAAAAAGAAAAACCUAAAUAUUUUAAUAUUGUAUUCCUUUGAAGAAUGUAAAAUUCCAAGAAUUAAAAAUACUCAUUAUCAUAUAGAAGAAAUUGUAAAAAUUGAUAAUCAUACCAGCAUAAAAUGUAAUAAAUUAAAUUUUAAGAUAUUAAAUAUUAAUAAUAAAAUAGAUAGAGUUUUAAAUAUUCUCAUGAGAAAAUGCACAUAUUUAUUUUACGAAAAAAACAAUUUUUUAUAUAUGGAAGAAGAUAUAUUCGUUAAAAGGAGAUUUUAUAUGGUAAACAUAUUUAAAAUUAUUUUUUUUUUUAAAGUGGUUAAUUUAUAUAUAUAUAUUAAGAAAAAUUUCUUUUUAUAUUGUCAUAUCCUGUAUUAUUAUAAAACAAAUGAUUUGAUUCAUUUAUUCUUUGCAUCAAUUAGGAUUUUCUCAUAUUGUUUUAAAUUUAAUAGCUUUCAUAAAAAUUAUAUAAAAAAAAUACACAAAAACAAUUGUAUAUUUUAUUUUUAUGUAAAAUUAUGUAUUCAUAAUAAACUCAAGAAAAUAAAAAAAAAUUUUUAUUUUGAAUUAGUUUUAAAAAAAAAAAAAAAAAAAAGAAUACAUAAUCAAGAAAUUUUUUAUAAUUAUACAGAGGUAUUUUCAGAUAAUUAUAUAUACAUUGAAAAAAAUUGCAUAACAAAAAAAAAUAAAAGAAAAAAAAACCAAAAUGAUAAAAAUAAAAAAAAUAUUAAAAAUAAGUAUUCAUUAAAGAAAAAAAUUAUUAAAAAUGGUGAUAUUGAUAAAAUAGGUAAAGGUAAUAUGUAUAAUAUAAAACAUAAUUUUAUAAAUAUUGAAAACUGUGAAAAUAAUGAAAAUGAUAUGGAAAAUAAGAAUGGAGAUAUAAUUAAGGAACAUAAAGAUUAUGUAGAAGGAUUCGGUAAUAAUAAUAAUAACAAUAAUAAUUAUAAUAAUAAUACCGAUAAAAAUGACGACGAUCAUAGCAGUAAUAGUAGUAGUAAUAAUAAUAAUAAUAAUAACAAUAAUAAUAAUAAUAAUAAUUAUAAUAAUAAUACCGAUAAAAAUGACAACUCUCAUAGUAAUAAUAAUAAUAAUAAUAAUAAUAAUAAUAAUAAUAAUAAUAAUAAUAAUAAUAAUAAUAAUAAUAAUAAUGAUGAUGAUGAUGAUAAUAAUAAUAAUAAUAAUAAUAAUAAUAAUAAUAAUAAUAAUAAUAAUAAUGAUGAUGAUGAUGAUGAUGAUAAUAAUAAUAAUAAUGACGAUAAUAAUAAUAAUAAUGAUGAUGAUGAUGAUAAUGAUAAUAAUAAUAAUAAUGACGAUAAUAAUAAUGACGAUAAUAAUAAUGACGAUAAUAAUAAUGGCGAUAAUGAUGAUAAUAAUAAUAAUGGCGAUAAUGAUGAUAAUAAUGAUGAUGAUAAUGAUGAUAAUAAUAAUGGCGAUAAAAAAUGCAAAAAUAAUGAAGUAUAUUUUGAUAAAAAAAAAAAAAAAUUUAAAAUUAUGAACAAAUUGUUAAAAAAUUUGUCUUUAAUGUCAUUUAAUACAGGUUUAUUAGAAUAUAAAAUAUUUGGAGUUUGUAUUUAUCAAAAUCCUCCAUUUAUUACUAAUAGACUUUUACAUAUUCCUUUUGCUUUAAAGAAGACAAAUGCAGAUAUAAUAGCUUUACAAGAGGUGUAUGAUGAAAAACAUGUAGAAUAUCUUAAAAAUAAUUUAAAAUCGAAUUAUCCAUUUUGUGCAAGAGAUAAUUAUUGUAGUGAUAUAUUUAAAUUAAAAUUUGAUAACAAUAAUAAUAAUAAUGAUAUUGGUAAUAAUAUAAAUAUUAACAGAAAAAGUAAUAAGAAAGAACAAAAUUAUAAAAAAAAAAAAUAUUUUGCUUUACAUCAUGGUUUAUUAGUUUUUAGUAAAUAUCCAAUUAUUUAUUCUUAUUUUCAUAGUUUUAAACAUGUAACUUAUUUGGAGAAUUUAUUCGGAACUAAAGGAUUUUUAGAAGUAAUAAUUGAUGUUCCUUCUUUUAGUUACGUUACUUUAGUUAAUAUGCAUCUAGCUAGUGGUGCUGCAGAUACUGAGUCUAAAUAUAUUGAAAAAGUGAGGGAUUUUGAAAUAAAACAAAUUAUGAAAAUAGCUAGAAAUGCUGAAAAAAGAAAUACAAUCCCAAUAAUUAUUGGGGAUUUAAAUGCAGCCCCAAAUUUAUGUCCAAAUAAUUAUUCUUCUUUUAUUAAUAGAGGAUGGAAAGAUGCAUGGUUAUAUGCUAGAAAUUUAAAAAAAAAGAAAACGAAACAAGUGAUAGAACAAAAUAUAUUACAAAACGAAAAGAGAAAUAAAGAAAACAUUUCUCCUAAUAUUUAUAAUUCAUUCAGUGAAUUGUUUUCCAAUGACAAUAAACAUACAGACUAUAAUUUUGUUUUAACUGAUAACCAUAUUGAUACUCAGAAUAAAAAAAGUGUCUAUCGUGAAAUAAUGGAAGAUAAGAAAAAUAACAAAACAGACGAUGGUAUUAAUAAUAAUUGUUUUUAUGUUUUUCACAAAAAUAAAAGAAAUAAUAAAAAUAGUAGUAGUGUUUUUUAUAUGAAUUCAAAUAAAAUUUUAUGUGAUUGCUACAAAAAUUCCGAAUUUAAUAACACUAAUAGACAACUUAUAAAAAAUGGCAAGUGUAGUUUUGAAAAAAAUCAUCUUUAUCUCCCGUCUAAUUUCAUUUGUGAAAAAAAUGAUUUAAAAAUUAAUAAUUUUAAAAUAUAUGCAAAUAAAUUUAAUGUUGUUUCUAAUAAUGAUGAAAUAAAUCAUACGAGAAAAAACACAAGUUUUUUAUACAAUAAAAGGUUUAAAAAUACUUACUCCUUCUUUUACUAUAAAAAAAUGAAAUAUAGUGAGAAUUAUUUUUCUCCUCUAAACGUAAGGUUAUAUAUUAAUAAAAAAAGUACCAAAAAAAAAAUGUUUAGAGAAAAAAAAUUUUCUUUUUCCUAUUUAAACAAAAAAAAAAAAAAAAUUUUAAAGAAUAAGAAAAGUUCAAAUAUAAAGGAAAAUCACAAAAAUAUUGAAAAUGAAAAGGAUGAAAAUAAUAAAAAUUAUAAUCUAAAUAAUGAAGAUAUCAUAUUUAAAGAAAAUAAUUAUAGUAGUUCUUCCAGUACCUUUCUUUUUGAUUUUUCUAAGAAUAAUUAUGCAUCUGAUUAUUUCAUUACAAAGAAUACUAAAAAUGUGAAUAGAAAAAAUAAUUUUUUUAUUUUAAAAUCAAAAAGCAGACAUAAAUCUUCUUAUAAUUGUGUAGUUAAUAAACAUAAUUCUUCUGAUAUAAACAGUUAUCACAUUUUGAAUAAUAUGAAAAAUUAUAGUGAGAUAAGUGAUCAUAGAAAUAUAAUAAAUAAAGAAAGCCAUAAUUCUUCAACUGUUAAUCCAGAGAAUCACAAUAUCGUAAUAGAAAGUAAAUUAGAAAGCUGCUCGACUUGUGAUGUUAUAAAAUAUGAAAAUAGGUUUAAAAAGAAUAUUAUUUAUUCUAAAUUUAAUUCUCUUAAUAAAAAAAAGCAAAAUUUAAAUGAUAUGAAUAAUUAUAAAAAUUUAGAGAAUUUUAUGGAAAAUAAUGAUAAUAAUUUAUAUUCAAGUGAUAUGUCAAGUGAGAGUAAUCAAUCAUAUACAGAUUUGUAUGAUGAUGAUGAUGUAAGUGAUAAGAGUUCAAAUAUUUCAAAUAAUGUUAACAGUAAGACAUGUUGUGAAACAGAAUUAGAAAAAGAUGAUGCUUAUAUGAAUAAAGAUAAUAAUAAUAAUGUGAAAAAUAAAAAUAAAAGUAAUGAAAUAUUACACAAUAAAAUAUAUGUUAAGAAUAAAAUUGAAAGGGAUUCAAGUAAUAAUUUAGAAGAUGAUAUGAUAAUUAUUGAAUUAAAUAGAAGUAACAAUCAUGAAUUAAGAAAAAAACAUAAUUAUAAUGAUAUUACGAAUAUGCCUAUUUCUGAAGAUAGUAUCUUUACUAAUAACUUUUUAAAUUUACAAAAAAAUAUGAAUAUAAAUUAUGAGUAUAAAAGAAAAAAAAAAAAAAAAAAAAGUUUCUUUAAUCCAUUUUUAGUAAAACAUGUAGAAACAAGAGAAAUUAAUUUAACAAAAGAGAUAGAUAACAAAGAAGAGGAUAAAAAUGUUAAUUUAGAUAAUAAUAGGAAAAAAAUAAUGAGCAAAUUAUCAGAAAAAAUAAAACAAAUGAAAAAAUUUUUUUUAUGCAAUAUUUUGAGGAAUUAUGAACAAUAUGAUAGUGAAAGUGAUAGAGAAUUAGAACAUAAGGAUGAAGAAAAAUAUAAUGAAAAAAAAAGUAAAGAUGAUAGAAAAUCAUGUGCUAAUAAUAAAAAUAUAUAUAAUAAUGCUCUAACUUACAUGGAAGAAAAUGAAAAUAAAAAAUUUCAAGAAAUUAAUUAUUCAAAUAAAUUAAGUAAUGAUGAUCAUAAGAAAAUUUUAAACAAUAAUUUAGAGGAACGUAGAGGGAAAAGAUUUAAUGGAGAAUUUUUCGAUUUAAAUAGAAAGGGGGAUAACAGUAAUCAAGAAGUAUUCAAAAACUCCUUCUUUGAAUUCAUUAAAAAGUUGAAAUAUAAAACAAAAAAUACAUUAAAAAAAGAAUUUCAUAUUGGUAAAAGUAAGCAUAAAAAUAGGUCAAAUGAAGUAGAAUAUGAUUCUUCGUCAAAAAAAAAGGAAAACAUCUACGAUUUAGAAAAUAAUUUUCUGAAAGAAAACACAUAUAUUAAUGAAAUAAAAGAUAGUAAAGCAAAAGAAGAUUUUUUAAAAAAAAAUGAAUAUUCUUCAAAGAAGAAAAAAGAAAAAGAGAAAAGAACUAUAUUUAAAAAAAAGAAAAAAAUGGAUGAGAAUUUUUUAAAAGAGAAUAAAAAAAAAGAAAAAAAGAUAGAAGAAACAAAUAAUAGUAAAAAUAGAACUAAAGAGAGUAGUAGUUUUUGUAAAGAAAAAAAAUAUAACAUUUUAAAAAGGGGAAUAUAUCAAAAUAUUUUAAAAAGUAAAAGUUUAUCUAUGCAAAAAGAAGAAAAAAAUUAUAGUGAUGAAUUUACAUGGGAUCCUUUAAAUCCUCUCAAUGUAAUUGGGCCACAUUCUAGAUGUAAUGGUUUAAGAUGUGAUUAUAUAUUUUUUCCGCCAAUUAAUUAUAAAAAAGUAAAAAAUUAUAAAAACAAUAAAAGAAACAAUGAAUCUGAAGAAAAUGGGAAUAUUAAAAAUGAAUUAAAUAAUGAAAAUACAGUAGAAAAUGAAAAUAGAGUAAGAAAAGAAGAUAGAUUAACUCAUGAAUCUGUUAGUAGUAGUGAUGAUGGUGAAGAUCGUUUUAGAUGUUUGUGUAAGUCUCGUAAUAAUAAAAUAAGUACUGAUGAAUCACCUAAUCUUAAAAAUUAUAAUGAUUUAAAAAUUUUAAAACAUUAUUAUAUUAAAAGUGCAAAAAUAUUAUUUAAUGAACCACUAGUAAUGGUUGAUUCUUAUAAAAAUUUUAAAAAUUUUAAUUGUUGUUAUUCAUUAUGUAUGAAAAUAAAUAAUGUUAAUUUUGUCACAAUGUCAGAUCAUUAUGCCAUAAAAAUUGAUUUAAGACUGAAAAAAAAUUUUAAUAAUAAGGAAUAA